AUGGAUGAUGUUAAAAUAAUUAAUUUGGAUUUUGGUAUUGUAACCUGUGAAUUGACAAAAAAUCAUGGCGUCAUUCCACCGAGAUCGAAAAUAAAUAUAAAAAUAAUAUUUAAACCUACAGAACGUGGUAUUUAUUACAAACAGAUUUACGGUCUCAUACAAUAUCACAAACCGAUAGUUUUAAAUAUUUUGGGAAUCAAUAAACCGAAACAGCAUUUAAAUUUAAAAUCUAUUCGUUUUGAAUUUUCCACAAAACAAAUAUGUGAAAACACUUACGAAAAUUAUUUUGAAAAACUUAAAAAUAGUAAAAUUCCAGAAAGGAAAUUAUUACUUUAUCAAAAAUGUUUGAAAGAAUAUGCUAAAUGUCAAGAUAAACUCGAUGAAUCAGAAGAAAAUUGUGAAAAUUUAUUUCCGGAAACUAUCAAUGAAGUAGUUUACGCAUCCGAUGAAGUUUUUUUAACGAAUCAUUUUAUAAAUAUAAAAAAUUUAACGGAAAUGAAAAAAGCAAUCACUCUAGUUAAUUUAUCUAAAAUUCAACAUUAUUAUUAUCAAUGGUCACGUGAACCGACGAAAGGGAUUUUGUUACCGGAAACAAAUGUUGAUUUUACAAUACAUUUCACACCUUUAACUUCCGAUAAAUUGCAUCACGUGGAAAUGGACGUAAGAAUUUUCCGAUACAGCGAUUGGAGCGAUGAAAAUAAUAAAAAUGAUAAAAUUUAUCUUCCUAUGACGACAACCGUUAAAAUUAUCGGACAUUCUUUUCCUUCUGGUACUUAUGGUUGGAUUCCUCAGUGUACAGUAUUUCCAAAAUGUAUUAAUUUACGUCCUUGCACUCCCGGUGAAAUCGCUUACGGUUCAGUAAUGAUCGAAAGAAAUGGUCAUCUUCCGGUUUCAUUUGUUAUAAAAACGUCUAAGAAUACAAGUUAUUCCGUUCAACCCAUGCUUGGAUGCAUAAUCGAAGAUUAUCAAUUACUCAUGAUACGUUUCAAUGGUGAAACGGAAAAAGGAAUCUACGAAGAAAAAAUAAAAAUUAUUUAUAACAAUUUAGAAACGGAUUGUACUAUAAUAACAUUAAAAACGAUCGUCGAAGUACCUCAAUUAAUUUUUGGUGAUAACAAUUGUUACACGUAUAAAAUUAUUAUUCCCGAAGAUAUAUGUUGGAUUGAAAUUCCAGAACCUAAUGGAGUCGUUGAACCUAAUUCUUCCACUACUUUAAAAGCUGUAUUCAAACCCGUCGUUGCAUGGGAAUAUUUAGAUUAUAUUGAAUGCGUUAUUACUUCCAUAUCCGAAUCCGAACAUGAAGAAACAAUAACAUUACAAUUAAUAGGUUCUUCACAAUUUGGAUAUUUAGUCGCUACGCCGAGUUUUUACGAUUUUGGUGAAUGUAUUUAUAAAAAAGAAAAAAGUAUUAAAGUACAAUUGUUUAACUUUUCACCUGUUAUUAUUAAUUAUCAAUUGUUUGUGGUUCAAAGCAGAGAAUUUCCUGAGAGUGAUGCACAUAAAAAUGUUAAAGUUACUCCUUCGCGAGGAUUCGUACCUGGAAAAAGUAGCACAGAAAUAGAAGUUACCGUGAUUCCACAUCGCAAUUAUCUUUUUCAAUAUGCUAUUUUAUGUCAAAUAUUGGACAGUCUAUCAAAAGAUGCUGUUCCGUCGAACAAACCGCGAAGAAUGUUUUUUUUUCGCUUCGAAGGUGUUUUACCAACUUUUCAAAUUGUUGAUUUAAAAAUUGAAAAUGGCGGAGCUCUUUUCAGUCCACAUUGGAUAUGGAAAAUGAUGUCAAUCAAUCGGUUAAAUAAAGCGUUGGAAUCGUUAGAUUCUGAAAAGAAAAUUUACUGGAGGUUUCCAGAGGUGAAAAUCAAUUCUUUUCCCAUUGUAAUAACAAUGUUGGUCGAAGCCAAAAGAUUUGGAUGCGCUCACUGGAGUUUGGAGAAAAAUGUUAUUUGUUCUUGUUUCGGUUUUAACGAAAGUGAUCCCAUUUUACAAAAUGAAUGCGUUCACACGGACAUGAUGCAUAUGAUUCCAGCAGAAGGAAACCUGGAACCCUCGAAUAAAACACUUAUUCACAUUAUUUUAAAUUAUACAAGCCUGAAAAAUUGUCGAGUACAAUGGACUAUGAAUUUACCAUUUAAUAGAAAAAUAAUACUUGAAAAUGAAAUUGUUAGCCUUCCAAAUGAAGAUGUAAACUUUGCCUCCAUGUACUUACAUCCAGAAUUAAAUUUAAAAUCGAUUUUUAUAGGAGAUGAAGAUCCUCCUCUUCAGGUAUUAUGUUUAUGUUUUCAAGAUAAUGUUUCGACGACGAUACGAUUGAAUGGUGAGGGUGCGGCAAGCAUUCAACAAGUUAAAGAAUUGACUCCUCAAAAAACGAUUCCAAAAAAAUCUAAUUUACGAAAUCAAGAGAUACGUUUAGUUAUAAACGUUAAUUUUUUUAACAUACUUUAUUUUAGAAUAUUUUCCGAAGUGAAAAAAAUUUUUUUAAUCACCAACAUAUCAACAACUGAUGUUUGGGCUUAUCAUUGGCACGACUUCCAUGUGAAAUCCAUAAUAACAGCUCAGGUACAUCCAAAAUCAGGUAUUGUUGAACCAGGACAAACAGCACCCAAAGUUGAAAUUCCUGAUGUGCCUAAAUCACAUCAUUUGUUUUUAACUGUCAAUACAAAUAUCAUAAGUAGAGGAAACAUUGAUCAAAAAUUACUACUAGCUCAACAAUUAACAUUAAAAUCCGGUGAAGAAUUUAUUGAAAAUUUUGAUAACAUUCCAAUCAUACCUGAACCUGAAUUGUAUUUAGAAAGUUCAAAACUAUGUAGUUUAAGGGAUUAUGAUAAUACUUCUGUGGUUUAUUUGGAAAAAGAAGAAUUAUCAGCAAAAGCUCUUGUACAGGGUGAUUACUUUGAAAGAUGGUCUGGAAAAUAUCCUUUCUCUUGUACUUUUACAGUAAGGGCACCCCCAAGAUAUGGUAUCUAUGCAGUUAUUCAAAAUUUAAGCUUUCGUAAAAAUCCAGUCACUGGACAAUGUAAAGAUUAUGUAGAAAUGCAUUAUUAUGAAAGAACCACAUUAAUAUUUUUUAAAACAAACAAAAUUAAACAACAAUUUUGUGGAAAGAUAACACCCAAAGAGAGUUUUUCCGAAACGUCAAACCCAUUAGAAUUUGAUAAUAUAUUUAAAAAUUCAUCCGUAUCUGAAAAUGCUUUCAUUGCAAAUGAUGAAUUAACAGUCAAAAUAUACAUUGCAAAAGAAAAAUUAAAACCAGAUGAAAAACUGGAGAUACAUAUAGUUUUCACCGCUUUUAAGUUUGAAUGCAGAAGAAGAGAAAAAGCCUUGCAAUGCAAACCUUGCGAAUGGAUAUGGGAAAAAUUUGCAUUGGAUAAAAUUCAAAACUGCCCCUACACUUCAUGCAUAGAUGAGGAUUAUUGUAGAAAUGUUGACAUUAAAAAAGAAAUUAAAACAAUUGUUAGUUCUGGUACAGGAACUAAGGUUAGCAUAGGAGCUGUGGCAACAAUAAUUUUAGUGCUUUUUAUGUUUGCUUGUUGCGUUUGGAUAAGUCGUAGAAUGCAAUUAUGGUGUUUUGGACCAAUCAGAAAUAGACAAUCUAGAAUGGAAAUGAAUCAGACAACUCAAAAUUCAGGAGGUUUCGAAGAAAAUACUUCACCUUAUGGUGACAUGUUACCUAAUUCAACAGCUCCCUCUGCCCCUCCCAUAUCCGAAGAUAAAGACCUUCCACCAAGUUAUAGUUCUCUGUUUCCAGAAAAAUAA